CCUCUUCCAACCUUUUUUAAAUUCGUUUCAUUCCCUAGUUACAAAUUGGACGGGUAACGUAACGAUAACGCUAACGCUAACGCCGUCGUCGUUUUCUGGUCGUUCGUUUCUCUUCGUCGUGUGUCGUUGUUACGGUUAUCCCAAACAAAACGACCAACCUCUAUUCGUAGUCAAUUUUCCGUCGUGAUGUUUACCUAUUAUUAUUAUAGUUAUAGCACUUUUAACCGUGGCGCUGAUUUGACCCGUUAUAUCUAUUUCAAUUUAUUUUUAUGUUUCGGUUGAAAGAAAAGUUAAUUUUAAUUACUUUUUCAAAGUUUAUUUUGUUUUAAAUGAAAAGCAAAAAAAGAAAAUACCUAUAACAACAACAACAAAAGUCAGCAAAUCAAUAUUACCAGUGUGUGCGUGUGACUAUGUGAAAUAUAAUUAAUUACAAAAAAAUUAAUAUAUAGUUGUAUUAUUUUUUUUUCAAAAAAUUAGAAAAAAGCAUCUAAAGUUCCUAACUUAAUUGUAUUAAAAUAUAAAACAUAUAUUUAUCUAAAAUUAAUAUAUGAUAAUCAAAAAAUAAAAAAAAAAUAAAAAAUAACAACAAAAGUGCCCACUGAAGAAGAAAAAAAAGUACAUAAUAGAAAAUCUGAAAUAUAUCUUCGAAGUAAAUCAAAUAAUAAUAUUACAAGGAUUAUACCUACCUACAUCAUAAAUUCAUCAACAUUCCAAUUCAAUAAACUAGGUAUCUGCUGGAAUUUUUGAAAGUGAAGACAACAAAAAUUGCUAAAAAAAAUCAAGAAACUAAACUCACAUUUUGAAGAGCAUAAACGGCUAUCAUCUGGAAACUAAUACGCGCCUGAAUGUCUCAUAGCUGUUUUGUGGCGCACCGUUUUCGAUUCGCGAAAUUUUUUCAAGCCGCAUGACUUAAAAUUCAACACUUACUUAAAAUAUGGAUCAUCACUGAAAAACGAAGCAGAAUGUUGCAGCAACAUUUUUAUUUAAAAUGAAAAGAAAGUACACCAGAAGAAACAUGCAACAUUGAUUUGAACUAAUAAUUAAUCUACUAAGAAAAAAAAACUAAAGUAGCAAUAAAUAACAAAAUAAAAUGCCACCACCCUCAACACAAUUGGAAUCGCAACACAAUGAACCAACGCCAAGAAAACGCCGACGUAAACGUGAUGAUCCACAAUCGUGUAUCACCAAUUCGGAGGAAUACGAAUCGGAUGACUGCUCCCCAAUGUCCUGUUCUGAUGUUGAAAGUUUUCAAGGCAAGAUUGUUUAUAACCCAGAUGGCAGUGCUUAUAUAAUCGAUUCUGAAAAUGAAUCACUUUCGAAUAUUCCGGAGAAUUGCAUUAGUGCUGGGUCAACAACAACAACAAACAACCCAAAAAUUCACUCAUUUCGCGUAGUAACAGCUCGUGAUGCUUGUGUUAACAUUUCCGAGCUGAAUAAAAUUCAAAAACCUAUAUUAAUGUGUUUCAUUUGCAAGCUUAGUUUUGGUAAUACGAAAUCAUUUAGCUUGCAUGCAAACAGUGAACAUACAUUGAAUCUUCAAGAAUCGGAAAAGCUUUUAUUGAAUCGAGAGUAUUCAAGUGCCAUUAUACAGCGUAAUGUUGAUGAAAAACCUCAGAUAUCGUUUUUGGAGCCAUUGGAUAUACAAAAGCAGAAUCAAUUAAAUAAAUUAGCAUCGCCACAAAAACAACAACAACAACACCCACAGCUGCAUCAACAACAACAACAACAACAGCAGCAACAAUUACUCAUAAGUUCAACUUCAUCAAUAUCGUCAUCGACGGUGAAUAGCAACAAUUCCUGCAGCAACAGCAUUAGUAGUAGUAACCUACCAACGACAUUAUCGUCUUCAUCAUCGACCUCAGUAGGGACGGUUUCUACCGUAACAGUGGCAGCAGCAGCAGCAGCAGCGGCAGCUAAUGCAGCGUUAGUGGCUGCAAUAGCAGCAAGUUGCAGCAACACUAGUUUGAAUACAUCAACAUCGUUGUCAAUGAACGCACCGCAUAUAGAUAGCGAUUCAAUUAUGGCGAGUCUUGGGGGCGCUGCUGGUGGGAAUAGCAAUACCAAUACCAAUUCUAGCUAUGGGAACACAACCGGCACUCUUAGCAACAAUCCAAGUAAUAAUAGCAGUAAUUGUAGUCAAAUCAAAAAUCAUCAGCAACAAAGAUCGGAUAAUUUUGACAAUCUGAGUACUCUAGAUUUAAGUGCGGUAACAGCUGCAGCACAAGCAGCUGCUGCAACAUCGAUAGUCAAUAGCCGGCACACACCACCACCAUCAUCACCCACAUCGACUACCUCGUCGUCCCCAUCAUCAUCAUCUUCAUCAGCAUCAACCCUAUCCUUAUCUGCUCAGCAACCGUCUACAACAAUCAGUGCAUCUGGACUUCCAGCACCAACAAGCACGAUUACCAACGAACUAAAACCCUUGCAUUCCUUAGCCAUAGCGAUGGACACCAUCUCAUCAACAUUUGCAUCGAGUUCCCCAGCAACAAAACUAUCGAGCAUUAAUAGUACUAUUAGUGUAAGUAAUACCUUAAGCAAUAAGAACAACUCCUCAGCACUCUUACCUCCGACACCUACAACUGUUGCGGAUUUCCUUCAUCAGCAGUUUCAGCAUAUGCAGAAUCAAAUACGAAUAACAUCGCCAGCUUCGUCGAUAGGGGUAAGUGCUAGCGGGUGCAAUUCAGAAAUAAAUGCUCAGUCAUCGUCAAUAACAACGAGUGCGCCGUCAUUAGGCUCGUUGACAGCUUCAUUAGCAGCAGCGGCAGCGGCUGUUGGUAGCGGUUCUACAACUGAUCUCAGCAGCAGCAAUAGUGGUGUUAAGCUAAUUAAUGAUUUCCUCCAGCAUCAGUUCCAGCAGCAGCAACAACAACAACAACAACAGCAACAUACAUCAUUUUCAACAUGUCCUGAACAUCCUGACGUAAAAGGAAUCGAUUGCAAAACUUGUGAAAUGAUCGAAAUCAAUAUUAAAUCACCAAUGACACCGAUCCGAUCGCCUAAUAAUAUUAAUAUGUUUCCAUCUAAUGUAACUUUGUCGCCGACCGCAGCUGCAGCACCCAGCUUCACAAUCGGUGCAUGUCCAGAGCAUAUCAAUGGACGGCCCUUAGGUGUGGACUGUUCGAGAUGCGAAAUGAUAUUGAAUUCAGCUCGGCUUAAUAGUGGUGUACAGAUGUCAACACGUAACUCAUGUAAAACUUUGAAAUGUCCCCAGUGUAAUUGGCACUACAAGUAUCAGGAAACAUUAGAGAUUCACAUGAGAGAAAAGCAUCCGGAUGGGGAGAGUGCAUGUGGCUAUUGUCUGGCCGGUCAACAGCAUCCGCGAUUGGCGCGCGGCGAAUCCUACACUUGCGGCUACAAGCCAUACCGCUGUGAGAUAUGCAACUAUUCGACUACCACAAAGGGCAACCUAUCGAUUCACAUGCAAAGCGAUAAGCAUUUGAAUAAUAUGCAAGAGUUGAAUAGCUCGCAAAAUAUGGCAAAUACUACGGCAGAAAUUCGCGAAUCGCCAAAAAUAAUAAUGCCAAAUAUUCAGCAGCAAGCUUCAAAGCCGAAGCCGAGUUUUCGCUGUGACGUUUGUUCCUAUGAAACAAGUGUGGCACGUAACUUGCGCAUCCAUAUGACAAGUGAGAAGCACACGCAUAAUAUGGCAGUGCUCCAGAACAACAUUAAACACAUUCAAGCUUUUAAUUUCCUCCAGUCACAAAAUCUCGGUCAAUUGAGUGCAGCCCAAAAUGCAGCGGUAGCUGCUUCCAACUUGCCCAAUAUAUCGAAUUUGCAAAAUUUCCUACCUGAAGCAGCUCUAGCUGACAUCGCUUAUAACCAAGCUUUGAUGAUCCAGUUACUGCAUCAGAAUUCGGCAGCAGGGGCAUUGAGCGCAGCAGCAGCAGCGGUAUCCAGUCCAUUAACUCUACCGCCACCCCAGCAGUCACCUGCUUCAACUGGGGUGCUAGUUUCUCAACCACAAACGACAACGACUCCAACGUCGCAACAACCCCCGCAGCAAUCUUAUCACUCAUCGUUGACGUCAUCAAAACUCAACCAUCAAACUUCACCCCAACAAAAUAUGCCCACAGUUGUAACAACAGCGGCCCCGCCAAUCUCAACAUCUUCAAUCACUACAUCGUCACAUUUAUCCUCAUCGCAACAGCAUUCUGCGGUGGCGGCAGCAGCUCUUCUUGCUGAAGCAGCAGCUGCUGCGGCAGCUGCCACCUCCUCCGACCCCGCAUCCAUAUGCCUCCAGCAGCAACAACAACAACAGCAACAACUUCAACAACAAGAUGCAUCCCUCGAUCCUCCAAUCGAUCCCGACCCUAAACCAACCACAGCCUUCAGCUGCCUCAUAUGCGCCAACUAUAACACCAACAGCAUCGACGAACUCAACAAUCACCUCAUGAUCGAUAGAUCACGCAAUACCAACAACAAUUGUAGCGACAUCAUGAUGAUUAUCAACAACAAUUACAUCUGUCGACUCUGCAACUACAAGACUAACCUCAAGGCUAACUUUCAAUUGCAUAGCAAAACUGACAAACAUUUGCAGAAGCUUAACUACAUCAAUCACAUACGCGAGGGAGGUGUCAAAAAUGAAUAUAAACUCAAGUACAGCCAAACCAAUACCGUUCAAUUGAAAUGCAAUUGUUGCGACUUCUAUACGAACUCGAUACAAAAACUAAAUCUGCACACCCAACACAUGCGUCACGACACUAUGAAGAUGAUAUUCAAUCAUCUCUUGUUUUUGGUGAAUAGUUUUAAUGUUUCUUUGGGUAGUGAUGCUUUGGCGGUUUGUAGUGAAAACAGUGAAUAUCAAUUAAUGAGCAAGAAUAAAGUAAUAAUGUGCCAAUUGUGUAACUUUAGUGCAGUGAAUAUUUUACAAGUUGUGCAACAUGUCAAAAGUUUGCGUCACAUACAAGUGGAACAAUUUAUAUGCUUGCAGCGGCGCAGUGAAAAUCUCGAAUCGCUUGGGCUGGAUGAUAUCUUUAAAAUUGCAGAUAGUACUGAUCAUAUCAAAUCGGAACGUUCAAGCCCUGCCCAGUCAUUAGAAUCACAACAAUUGUUCGUCAAACAGGAAAUCGAAAAAAGUUCCCCCAUGACAGCAACAACAAUCACAUCUACAACGACAACGACAACAACAAAAACAACAGCAGAUUCACCUGCACCAGAAGCAGUCACGACGCCAACAACAUCAACAGGGCCAACAAAAACCAGACAUGAUAUUUACACGGAAUCUGCUUCCGAUCUACAACAGACUGUUUCUUCAUCUUCCAAUACUGUUAGCAAGAGCUCGAAUUGUAACAAUGAACUAGCUGAUGUCGAUCUUUCUUCAUUACCAUCAAUAAUUUAUAAGUGCAACAAUUGUGAUUAUUUUGCUCAAGCCAAAUCUGAAAUGCAGAAUCACAUAGCCAAUAUUCAUCUAAAUGUGUCAGAUGAAGACUUUUUAACAAUUCCCACAAAUCCAGCUGCUUUGCAUGCUUUUCAUGCAGCAGUAGCAGCUGCUGCUGUUGCUGUAGCCGAAAAUGCUGCAGCCUCACAAUCUCGCAGAAAAUCAUCAUCGCCUGUGCAUUUACAUAUGCAAGAUGAUGGGCAGCAACAACAGCACCAUCAUCAUGAUCAAAUGUUUGGCUCAUCUGAACGUGGAAAUGAAUUGAUGGCUCAGGUGAAAACCGAACAAAUGGACAUAAUGGAUGAUGCUCAGUCAAAUGAUGAAUGUGGGCAAUUGGAAGAUCCAAUUGAACUAUUAAGCUCGAGAAACUCUGCCAAUGUUACAAGCUCGCCAGCUGUUAAUAGUGUCAUGUGUCCUCUAUGCCAAGACUCUUUUAACGAAAAGAAGGCAUUUGAGAUGCAUCUAAUGGGGGUGCAUAGUGUAAAUAAUGAUGGUUUGGCAAGGCUGCUGCAGCUAGUCGAUAAUAGUCAUUGGUUAAAUACGAGUAGACGCAGCAGCACUAGCACUACGCCAGAACCUAGAAACUCAAGCACACCACUUUCUGAAGCCGGUGGGCAGUUAGGACUUCAACAUCCACAACAGCAGCAACAAAAGCAACAACAAAAUCUUGGGACCUCGCCAGUGAAUCAACAUGCAUCUAACGAAGAUUACGCAUGCUCACAAUGCGGCAUCACGUUCAAGUUACAACAGCAUUUGCUAAUGCAUGCGAAUGACGCACAACAUUAUCAAAUGGUCAAUGAACAAUAUCAGUGCUUAUCAAAACAUUGCCAACAACUCUUUGGUAAUUCACUCCAAAUGCUGACACACUACAAAGAUAGUCACAUGAAUAUAGUGAUUUCUGAGCGUCAUGUUUACAAAUAUCGCUGCAAACAAUGUUCCUUGGCGUUCAAGACCCAAGAAAAACUCAAUACUCACUCUUUGUAUCACACAAUGCGUGAUGCAACCAAGUGCAUGAUAUGCAACCGGAACUUUCGCAGUACGCAAUCUUUGCAGAAACACAUGGAACAGGCACAUAGUCAAGCGCAGCCUUCAGGGAGCCCCGUUUCAUCGCCAAAUAGUAGCGGAGAAAUUACAAAUGCAUCUGGUUCCUUGCCGGUAACGCCUUUGGUGAAAGCAGGAGAUGAAGAUGUUUCUGCAAAUGCUGCCGUAACUACAUCGAUGAAUUCAGGAGCAACAACAGGUGCAACAACAUCAACAGUGUGCAGUGAUAGCAACUCUCUAUCACCAGUUACAGGAGAGUCAGCAGCCAUCGCAAAUGAGAGCUCGUCCAUAGUGCCGCCUGCCGCUCCCACCAGCCCCAAUCCAUCAGCCGUUACGGCUGUGGCAGCUGCACUACUUAAACAGCAGCAGCAACAACAAUCCCUAACGCCAGAACUUGUACAGAAACUCAAUUUAGAUCCAACAAUAUUGGCACAAAAAAUAAUGGAACAGAACUUUUCCAACUUUCCACCGAACUUCCCAGGAUUGCCGCAAAAUUUGCAAAGUCUUCAAAGUCUUCAAAAUUUGCAAAACAUGCAACAAAAUCUACCAAACAUGGGUAACAUGCCAAUGAAUACCCUGGAUAUGCUCAAUCUAAUGCAGUUUCAUCACUUGAUGUCUUUGAAUUUUAUGAACUUGGCACCACCUCUGAUAUUUGGGGCUGGAGGAGCAGGGCCAAGCCCUUCAGUAACUGGCACUAAGACGACAACAACAUCCGAUUUGCCACCAACAACUCCUACCCAGAUUAUUCAGCAGCAAACAUCAACUCCAUCACAGAAUACUAACAAUCAAAAACGUGCACGUACACGCAUCACGGAUGAUCAACUGAAGAUUCUUCGAGCACAUUUCGACAUCAAUAACUCACCCAGUGAAGAGAGCAUCAUGGAAAUGUCAAAAAAAGCCAACCUCCCAAUGAAGGUCGUCAAACAUUGGUUCCGCAACACACUUUUCAAAGAAAGGCAACGCAACAAAGAUUCACCGUACAACUUCAAUAACCCUCCAUCGACAACGCUUAAUCUUGAAGAAUAUGAACGAACUGGCCAAACAAAGGUAACCCCCCUAUCGGAAAGUGGAGGUGGCAAUAUAAGUGGCUUUCACAUUCAGCAUCAACAACAGCAAAGGGAACAACAGCAACGUGACCAGCAGCAACGUGAUCAUCAGCACCAGCAAAUUCAACAACAUCAGCAACAACUCCAACAGCAAAUUCAAUCGCAACAUCUCCAGCAGCAACAUCGACCGCCUUCAUCACAAUCCAGUGAUUUGAAUUUUCCCCAACUGAGCUUCCACCAACAACAACCAGAUCUCUCCCGCCAACAAUCGCACCAGCAACAGGACAAUCGUCCGUUGUCCCAUCCGUCAAGCGUCACCAGCGAUCGUGGCGAUAUCCAUAUUAAGCCCGAGCCAACAGACGAUAUUGGUAGUUCCGACUGUGAUCAGCAAAUGGCCAUGAGCAAAGAUAACGAUAAUGAACAAUCGAUGAUGCAAACGCAUCAUCAACAGUCAAUGUUUUACAACAACUUCGAGACCAAAUCCGAAAGUGGAAGCUCUGAAAUCCUCUCACGUCCCCAAACCCCAAACAGCACAUCUACACCCUAUAGCAGCAAUAUAUCAGAUAUUCUAGGCCAGCAAAUGGACAGUUUGCCACUCAACAACAUGGCCAAUAUAAGCAACCUGAACAACAUGGGACCUCCAAAAAAGUUCCAAAUGAGCAAGAUGUUCGAAAAGAGUGGAAACUUCGAAACCAAUUCCAAUUCAUCCAACAGUUCGACAUCGAGUGGAAAGCGUGCCAACCGCACGCGCUUCACAGACUACCAAAUCAAAGUCUUACAGGAGUUCUUCGAAAACAAUUCUUAUCCCAAAGACAGUGAUUUGGAGUAUUUGAGCAAAUUGUUGCUGCUGUCACCUAGAGUAAUUGUCGUUUGGUUUCAGAACGCACGUCAAAAGCAGCGAAAAAUCUAUGAAAAUCAGCCAAACAAUACUUUCUACGAGUCCGAAGAGAAAAAGCCCAACAUCAAUUACGCUUGUAAGAAGUGUAACCUGGUGUUCCAGCGGUACUACGAACUGAUCCGACAUCAAAAGAAUCACUGCUUCAAAGAGGAAAAUAACAAAAAAUCUGCAAAAGCACAAAUAGCAGCCGCUCAAAUAGCCCAAAGCCUAAGCAGCGAAGAUUCUAAUUCUAGCAUAGAUAUAAACAGUGCCAAUAUAUUGUCCUCGGGUUUGGUAGGCCCGCAAGCUGCUGCAGCCGCGGCCGCAGUGGCUGUAGCAGCAGCAGCCGUUGGUGGCGGUGGUGGUACCGCCAUUCCACCAGUAAUGCCAGGUCUUGCCUCCAGUCCAGGAAUUAAUUUACUUGCAUCACCUCAGCACAUUUUUAAGCAACAACAGGCAGUGACUUCAGCCGGAGGAACUCAUGUCGACAGCAAUUCACCACUUCAAAAAUUUGAAUGUGAAAAAUGUCAAUUGGUCUUUAAUCGCUAUGAACUCUACAAAGAACAUCAACUCAUCCAUUUAAUGAAUCCCAACCUGUUUAUGAACCAAAAUUAUAGCGAAGUUUCACCAUUUGGAAUACUGCAAAACCUCCAAGGUAGUCACAACAACCAACAGGACAUUUCCAUAGAUCUGAGUCGACAAAAGAAACGCAAAUAUUCCGACACACAAGCCUCGCCCGAGGAAAUGCAUCAUCAACAAACUGACUAUGAAGCUUUCAAUAAGAAAUUCAAAAACGAUCAGUACGAAUUCUUGUAUCAAUAUUUUUUACAAAACGAUUCCAAUGCUGAUUUAAAGAAUCAAUUUCAGCAGCAGCAACAGCAGCCGGAUAUGGAUCUAGAAUACUUAAAUAAUUUUUAUCAACAAAACGAACUCAAAAAACGCAGCAAUUAUGAUUUUUUAUUGCAAUACUAUAUGCGAAACGAAUCGAAGCAGUCUAGUAACGCCUCCAGCCUCAUGUUGCUGAACGAUGAUGCUAAUAAACCAAAUAUGGAGUUUCUCCUUCAGUAUUAUCAACUCACUGAAUCAAAGAAGUUUUUUCAGUUAGAAGCCUCGCCCCAACGAAUACAUGAUUUCCCACCGUUGUUAAAUCUGACCAUGAAUGCAGCAGCAACAAAAGUAAACAAUGGUGUGUCGGCACAGCAACAUCUAGAGCAGUCACAAGUUUCAGUAACACCACCUACAGAGACGACACCGAUCAAAGCCAAUCCCAAUGUAACACCAUCUUCGCCCAGCAGCUCGCCAGUGCGGCAACAGAGCAGCAACAGUGGCUGUGGGGUUGGCAACAAAGAUACGAGCACCAACAAGAACAGUAGCAGCAAACAUUUUCAAGUUCAGCCAACAUUGUUGGCAGAAAAUGACAAUCUACUGUCAGCGUCGGUGGCGGUGGCGGCAGCUGGUGGUGGGAGCGGGGGUACCAACAACAACAUUGACAACUACGACACCGAAUGCAACAAAUACUGAUAGUUCAAAUUCCUUAAAAAACAACCGCCUUUGUAACAUACUUUCAGCAAUCCAAACGCAACAGCAAGAAAACUUAUCGCUAAUAUCAAAUCGUUUGGAUGCAUCACCCGAUGCUGUUGCUGCUGUUUCCACUGC